AUAUGAUAUAAUUCGUGUUAGUUAGUCAAUUAAUGUAGAAUAAAUAAUGUUUGUAUGAAUAAAAGAAUAAAAACUUGGAAACCAAAAAAGAAAACCGCGGAUGAAGGGACACAGAUUGCUUCAUGGCAACAUUGUGACCGCCAACAAAAGCUGAAGAGCUCAGAUUAAUAAGUAAAUAAACGCAGCCCCAACGGAGAUGGGCUUGGAUGGGCUCGGAAACUGUCCAGGGAACACCCAAGCGAUGAGCGCCCGACAAGUACCGGUAAUUAAGACAACCAGAGCCAUCAGGAAAAAUACAUCUCAAUAUCAGCUUCUCCUAAACCAAAACCUGCCCUCAUCAGAAUUCAUCGUCUCCCAGAAUACGGUUUUGUCCAGCCCGAAGCAAAGAAAGAAAACUACAUGAAGAUGCGGAACAACGAAAGGAAACAAAGACCUCUGCUCCAGGCUAGGAAAAACUAUAAAAACUGAGCUGACCGGGGCGGUUUUGUGAACACUGGGGAUCCCGGCCUCGGCGCUGUCCUUUGCGAUUGUGGCUGUCGUGACCGUAUUCCGGUCGCGAAAUAAAUUAUCGCUUCUUUUGAUUAUAUUUAAUUCGGCUGAAUCUCUUUAUUACCUAUAACAGAGGCUUUUCCACGGGCAGAAUAAUUACCAGCACAGCAUGACUGUGCUGGAGCAAGCGGGGUUAACUUUCCUCUGGACCUCCAGGAUACAGCCACUAAUUAUUUAUUGGCACAAACGCGGGAAUAAUUUACUCAAAACUAUGUUGGAUAAAGCAGCUGUUGGGAGACGGAUCCCUGCUUAUCCCAACCAAGACCUGAACAGAGAAGAGGGAGCAGAACACCGUCUCUGAACAGGAGAAAGCAGGAUGGAAGCAGAUCUAGCAUUCCAUGAGGCACCUGAACAGCUCUGGGUGCAAACCCAGCCCUCCACAGGGCACCUGGAGAAGGUAUUUCAUGUGUUGGUUAUUUCCAGAGGCUGAUCUUGGAGGGAGCUGAACCGAGAGGUGAGUCUUGAGAGCAGGAAUGGAGCCCUGGAGUUCAGUCCUGCCUAUCCCUUCCUCAUGCCCUGAGGCUGAGAGCGCGUUAACAGCGGGGUUUUACACCCCAAAAUUAAAUCAGCACCACGUGCUGUACAGAGGAGCUCCCCAGCUCUGCGGGGCUGGAGCUCUGCCCUUCUGCUCUCGCAGCACGGAGCGGGAAGCUCAGAGCUCCUCUUCCUGAGGUCCCAGCCUGGGCCUGCCCGAGCUGGAGGAGCUGCUCAGUACCACAACAGCUGCCCCAUAAGCGGACCAGUCUAAUCACCGCAGAGACAGCGAAGGCAAAGCAGUUGCAAAAACUCCACACGGCCACUCCGCACGGUGGAGCCUCCUGUCCCCCCAGGCCCCGGUAGGCACCAGGCCCCGCCGUCGCCAUGGGAACGGGCCGUUCCCGGUGCCCCGCGUCUCGGCCCCGCCGCUCCGCGCCCCCGGCACGAUGGUUCCGCGGGGGGCGGUGACAGUGCGGGGCAGCCCGUCCCCUUUAAGAGCGGCGCCGCCAUGAUCUGCCUGGUGCUGGGGCUCUUCGCCGGCCUCUUCCACACUGCCUUCAGCGGGGUCAAUGAACGAACUUUCGUGGCCAUCAAACCGGACGGGGUCCAGCGGCGCCUGGUCGGGGAGAUCAUCCGGCGCUUCGAGAGGAAGGGGCUGCAGCUGGUGGGGAUGAAGCUGCUGCAGGCCUCGGAGGAGCUGCUGAAGGAACACUACAUCUCCCUCCGGGACCGUCCCUUCUACAGCCGCCUGGUGAAGUACAUGAGCUCCGGGCCCAUCGUGGCCAUGGUCUGGCAGGGCCUGGAUGUGGUGAAGACAGUUCGCACCAUGAUCGGGGAGACCAAUCCAGCUGAAUCCAGGCCUGGUACCAUCCGAGGAGACUUCUGUGUUGAAGUUGGCAAGAACGUGAUCCACGGCAGUGACUCUGUGGAGAGUGCCCGGCAGGAGAUCUCGCUCUGGUUCCGCCCCGAGGAGCUGCCGUGCUGGGAGGACACAGCUGCACACUGGAUCUACGAGUGAGGAGCACUCCCAAGGGAAGUUCACCUUCCUGCUGGGACACAGGACAUUUCCAUCCAUUUCAUGGCAGCUGCUGGGGCUGGCUGCACAUCCUCUGUGGGAUUCCUCUUCUGCCUGUGGGAUCCUGGGAGCUGGGCUGUGUGUGGAACUCUGUGGUUCAGCUCCUACCAAGGGGAGCUGUUUCUUUUUUUUUUCUCUCUCUGCUCUAGUAAGUAGUUGGUACUGUUUCUCUCUUUGCUGCAGCAUCUUAAAUCCCAAGUAGCUCGAGCUGAUUCACUGAAGUAAAACUUGGGCUCUUGGCCCAUUCCUGGGUGUUCUCAUCGCUGCCUGGAACAGGAGAAUGUAUUUUCCUUGCUGCUGGGAGAAAUGCUGGUCACAAGGUGAUGGGCUUGGCAAUUUACCUGCAUUUCUAGAAGGCUUUUCACCAAAGGCUUUUAAAGAAUUGGGCUGCUGUAGGGUAAGGGAGAAAACUCUCAUUUUGGAGUUCAUUCUAAGACAAGGAAUGAAGGAUGGGACAACUCUCUCUCCCUUGGUGUGCUGGUGCUGGCACAAGCUCACCCAGUUUCAGGUGUGAUGAGUGAGUCCAUGGAAGGAAGGUUCUCCAAAUGCUGUUAAAUGCACAAUUCCUCAGGCUCUGCUUCCUGGGCUGUGCCUGCUGGGAGUCAGAAGCUCCUCCAGGUCUGCUCUGCUUCUCUGGGGCUGCACAGCCCUGACCCAGCCUGACACCAGUCUGUCCCUCCAUGGUCACUGAUGUGAAGCAGCAGCACUGAGGCAGCCACAGGAAUAGAAGGGGGAGAGGGAGGCAGGGAAGGAUUUUUGGAUCUGGGGUUCAGGAAGGACUAUUAGGGGAGUGUUUAGUUCUCUCUUGUGCACAGCACAGGCUGUGGAGUCCUGGCACUGAGCUCUGGCAGAGCCCAAGAUCUUACUUGUCCUGAGAACUUGCAGUGGAGCUUUCCUGCUGGGAGGGUAUCUGGAAACCAGUUUGCAAUGGGCUGGACACCACCUGUGAGCUGUCCCUGGGCCACCCAGCCCCUCAGAGUUGUGCUGUGUCUGAGCUCCCUGUGCAGCCUCACCAGAGCACAAGGACAGGGCCAGUGACAUGGAAUCCUGCCAUGGAACAGGGACACGGUUAAACCGAGGGAAGAAGAUCCUCAGGGCAUCCUGUGUGCAGGAUGAGUCUGACCUGUGCCCUAAGAGCCUGUCCCUUUGUGUCCUCAGCUUUGUAGGUGCUGGGGAAUGAGGGCAGAGUAAAGUCACUCCCACUUCCACUCUGUGCUGGCUCCACGGUGGUGGGGCUGAGCAGGGCAGGGCUGGGGCACCUCCCUCCUGUGAGUGGGGCUGUCCAGCUGCCUCAGCCAAGGCUGCUCCUGCCUUGGGGCCUUCUCCAGGCACCUGUGUCCAGCUCUAAAUACUUGACAGAUCCUGUUUGUUCCUGGACCUUGUCCACUUGGCUGAACUUGGAGUCUGGCUGUAGCAGGGCUGCAGGAGAAGAUGCUGGUGAAGACUGAGGCGAAGUGAAGGCCACGUUUGUUGUUUAACAGAUGCAUUGAGAAGAGCUGUUGGCACCAAGAGCUGCUAGCUCUGACACAGAAAAACUCUGAACUUCUUCUCCUGCUGUUGCCUCUUCCUGAAGGAUCCCUCUUCUCCCUGUCUACAUGGAUGAGAUUUUAGAUGCCCUCCUGGUCUCAAAGCCCACUGAACUCCUGUCAGGUAGCAGACCUGACUCACUGAGACACAAUCCCAGGCCAGUCCUCUCCUCUCUGUGUGUGUAGUUUUGGUGUCUGCCAUGACCUCGUCCCGCUCUGGGGCACGACGGAGCAGCAGCUGCAGGGAAGGGCCCCAGAGGCACUGCUGGGAGCAGGGGCAGGAGCUGAGCUGUGGGUGGUCUUCCUCCAGCCCCUGGGGACUUCUAAUUGCUUUGCAUGUUGGUUCCUGCUGCUUCUCCUCUGUCCAAGACUGUGUUAAACUGUAAUAAUAAAAGUAGAAGCUGUC